UAACGAUGCAGCCUGAAAUACAAAACUUGGGGCACCGAAUAAUAGAUUUUAAUCAUUUCACAUCAGAACUUGUAAACAUUUCUCAACACAAAUCUCUGUUUAAAUGCGGAUUAUCUACAAUGAAAUUAAUUUCUGAACAUCGAAUAGGAUUGCAAUCUGAAUACACAUAUGUAUGUAUGAUGUGUAAUUAUAAAAAUAAAAUAAAAUCGUCAUUGGAUGAUGUGAACAAAGAUGCUGUUGCGGGUAUAAUGGCCGCAGGUUGUGGUCAUGCGCAAUUAAAACAAUUUUCAGCAGCAGUAGGUUUACCUAUUAUGUCAGAAUAUACCUAUAAUAAAACUCAAAAUGAUAUAUGUAGGGAUUGGGAGGACACUGCUUGGGACGAAAUGAAAUUAGCUGGUGAAAGAGAAAGAGAAGAAGCAAUUAAAGAAGGAAAAGUCACGAAAGACGGAAUACCAAUGAUUGAUGUAAUUGUAGAUGGGUGCUGGAGUAAACGUUCGUACAGAACAAAUUACGCAGCGUUAUCAGGAGCUGCAGCCAUUAUUGGCAGACGUUUCGGCCAAGUCCUGUACAUGUGUGUAAAAAACAAAUAUUGUUGUAUUUGCGCCAGAGCUCAAAAGAAACAAGAAAGCCCAAAAGAACACGAGUGCUAUAAGAAUUUCGAUGGAGCUUCUACUGCUAUGGAGUCAACUAUUAUAACCGAAGGGUUCAAGCAAUCUAUUGAUAUGCAUGGUUUGGUUUACGCACGUUUUAUUGCUGAUGGUGAUAGCAGCACUUAUUCGAAAAUAUUAGAUGCCCGGCCAUAUCCAGGUAUUACAGUUGCAAAAAUUUACUGUCGCAAUCACUUAUUAAGAAAUUAUUGCAACAAGUUACAACAGCUUACUACUGAUACACAUUAUAAAGUGGUGGAUAGAAAAAACCUUACACAAGAAAAAAUACUACGGUCAAGGAAAUAUAUAUGCGAGGCCAUAAAACUUCACAAAGAGAGCAGGAAUGAAGAUGGUUUGUACAAAGACAUAAAUGCAUCUAUUUGCCAUGCUUUUAAUCGUCAUGGAAAUUGUAAUCAGCUAUUAUGUAAAUAUAAUAUGCAUCCAGAAGCUCCCAACACAUUUUUCGGCAGUUUACUUUGGCAGAAAAUAAAAACACUAGUUGCUCGAUUAGCUGAUAAAGCACAUAGUCUAAUUGAAGAUGUCGAUAGCAAUAUUGUGGAAAGAUUCAAUGGCGUCAUUGCAAAACUAGUUGGCGGAAAAAGAAUAAAUUAUUCUCAAAGACGAUCUUAUCAAGCAAGAUGCUCAGCCGCUGUAAUUUCUUUCAAUACAGGCAAACUAUUAUCUACUGUGCAUCGAAAUAUAUGUGGACACAGUCCCAAACAGUCUAUUAAAAAACAUGAACAAACAAUGAACGAUAAAAGGGCUAAGACAAAAAAAUGUAUAAGAAAAAAGAAUCGCUUAUUGGUACCAAGGACGCUUAAUUUGGAUUAUGGUGAAAUAGUAGACAAACCAGAUUUAGACGAAGACACUUUGAAAAAAGCAAAAACUACCUUUGUACAAAAUUUGAUGAAAACUGAUGAAGAGCGAAGAGACAUUGAAAAGAGAACCAUAUUACAGAGUGAAUCUGGAGAAUGGUUAGAGCUAAGGCGAAACAUGUUAACAGCCUCAAAUUUUGGAAAAAUUGUAAAACGAAAACAGACAAAUACAUGCCAAAACAUAGUAAGAAAUCUACUGUAUAAACCUAAUAUUGACCAUGUUUCGUCAAUAAGCCAUGGAAAAAAAUAUGAAAAAAUCGCGCUGGAACAACUAUCUAUAAUGAAAAAUGUUAAGAUUGAAAAUUGUGGCUUAUUUAUUGAUGACAAAUACCCAUUUUUGGGUGCAACGCCUGAUGGCAUCACAAGCGACAUGAUUGUGGAAAUAAAAUGUCCCAUAGCACCAUUUAAAAUUGGUUUAGAAGAAGCGAUUCGGCAGAACAAGAUGCAUUUUUGUAAAAAAAAUAAAAAUGGCGCAGUAGUGAUUAACCAAAAAUCGGAUUGGUAUUUUCAAGUGCAAGGUCAAUUGCAUAUCUGCAAAAAACAACAAUGUUUGUUUGGAAUUUGGUUUGGCGAUAAUAAAAUAAAAACAGAAAUUAUAGAAAAAGAUGAAAUGUAUUGGGCAGACGUGAUGGAACCAAAAUUGCUGAAAUUCUAUUACGAUUGUCUCCUUCCUGAGUUAGUCGAUCCCAGACACAUAAGGAAUAAGCCAAUUCAUGAUCCGGAGUACGUGGUUGCACAAAGCAAGGAAAAUGCUGCGUCAAAUAUUGUAAAUAUUUCAGAAGAACCAAAAACAAAAGAAAAUUCUGAUGAUACUGUUGCUGACACGGAUAAAACUGCUGAUGUCGACAAUUUUGCUUUUGUUGACGAAGAUGUUGCUGACGCAGACGAUGUUUCUGUCGUAGAUAGUUCAGAAUAUAUUAUGGCUUUUUCUGAAUAUUGACCGCAAACUACCUACUAUGUCCUCAAUAAUUUGAUAACUUAUUUAGGUAAUCGUUACAUUAUAAUAAGUAACAAAAAUUAAAUGACAACGAAAUUUUUCUUACCUACCUCUUAA